AUGCCCAUGUCCCUACAUGAAGCUGUGGCCUUCCCGGAUGCGCCCGACACCUACACCGAGGGAGAGGUUCGAGCCGCCCUGGAUCGCGUGGGCUUGGCUGAGUUGGCGCAGAAGAGUCUGGAGAUGCAGCUGGACGUCAACAGUACCCUCUCCGGUGGUGAAUUCCAGCGACUGCUCGUGGCGCAUUGCCUGCUUGCGAGGCCAUCCUGGAUUCUGCUGGACGAGUCUAUGUCCCACAUGUCCACUAUUUGCCGCACUGAUCUGUACAAACUGUUCGUGGACGACCUCGUGAAAGGCAGCGGCGCUGGAAUCGUCAGCACCUGCCACAAUUGGCAAGAGCUUGCUAGCUUCCACGACCGCUUCUACCGCAUCGAG